AUGUUUAGGACAGCCUGUAACAGCCAAGAACGAGCUAAAUGUCUAUUAAGUAUCGACAAGUUGAGCGAUGUUAAAUUUGUGGUUUCCUUAUCCCUGCAUGAAAGUACAACUGAGAAGUUCAGGAUGGUAAUCCCCGCUCAUAGGUUUUUGUUGGCGAUUGCAAGCCCGGUUUUCUACGUGAUGUUUUGUGGCAUAUUGGCGGAGAGAAAUAAUUACAUAGAUCUCUCUGACUGCGACUAUCAAGGGAUGAUGGAGUUCUUGCGAUACAUUUACACUGAGGAAGUUGGCUUCAAUGGGGACAAUAUUUCGCAGUUAAUCUAUUUGGCAGAGAAAUACAUGAUUCCCUCGCUGACCAACCGCUGCAUUUUAUUUUUGCGUGAGCAUCUGGAUUCAAGUAACAUCUUUUGUGUCUUGAAACACUCCAAGUUAAUUGAAAAUAAGUCUCUCUGGCGCUCUUGCUGGAAAUUUAUAGAUAAAGAAGCCAAAGAUGUUUUGGAAUCAAGCGAGUUCUUCGAAAUGGACCGAUCAGACUUGAUUGAAUUGGUAAAAAGGAACACACUCAACGUCAAGGAAAUUGAAUUGUUCACUGCCAUCAAUAAGUGGGCGGCAAACCAAUGUAAAAAGCUCGGACUUGAUACAGUGGAACGCCGUCAAAUCCUUGGAGAUGACAUCAUAGACAACUUGAGGUUUCCAGUUAUGGAAGAAAAUGAAUUUAAUGUUGUUAAAAGCACCAAUCUGUUAACCAAGGAAAAAACACAGGAGGUUUUGAACAACUUCGCUGACAGCAGAUGGCCAAUUCGGUUUUUGCGGCACAAGAGGCAAUACGACUCUUCAUCUCAAAGAAGAACUCUCUAUCACAGGGGGCAGAUAUUGGAUAUCUUUGAUUAA